UAUAUUCCGUCCUCCUUUUAAGCCCCGCAGAACCCGUCGUCUCCAACCCACCCAAGUCAUAUUUUAUUCUGCCGCCUAUAAAGCCUAGGCAGCUGCUGGUAAACAAAAAUUCGGAGUCUAAUAAGAAAGUUAAGUUCAAGAAUGCUGUUCGCUAUAUUAAAAGGAAUGAGCAAACGAUGCGGGCAAACUCCUUAGCGAACAAACUAAAGAAUAAUAAUGUGUCGGAGUUCUGGAAGGAGUUAAAACGCUCCUGUAUCAGUAAGCAGCUGCUACCCGCAUCUAUAAAUGGGGUUUCAGGAGAUAAGAACAUUGUAAAAGCCUGGAGGAAUCACUUUAGCAGACUUUUUAACUGUGUAAAUAGUGAAAGGUUCAAUCUUGGCAACAUUGACUACAAUCAUGGUAUGAUUGUCAGAGCUGAUGAAGUCCGUCUCGCUAUAGAGAAAAUGUCAUUAAACAAAGCUUGCGGCCCUCAUCAACUAUCAGCAGAGCACAUGAAGCAUGCUAGCUGUAGAGCUCAGGUGUUACUCUCAUUGUGCUUUACCGGCUUUUUGAAGCAUGGAACCUUGCCUGGCCAUAUGUUAUCUGUUCUCUUAGUCCCUAUAGUCAAAGAGAAAACUGGUCAAAUCGCCUGUAUUGAUAACUACAAGCCUAUUGCUAUGGCAAGUGUGUUGUCCAAGGUGCUUGUUGUGGAUAGGCGUUGCCUUGGGUCACAUGGUGUCGGUAAUAAUAAUAGUGAUUGCUAUCACCUGUGCAGGUGAUGGAAUGGGAGAAUGAGUGGGUGAUGGGGGAAGUCAACUUUUUGCUGACCGCUCAAGCUUAGAAUGUUUUUUAUUUAUCACUGUUUUUCAACGGAUUUUAAGGCUUUAAUAACAAAUAAAGGAAUUUUUAACCUGGAACUUUGACUUCGGAGUGGAACAGCGGGCGCGUCAACAUUAUUCCCCUAUUCAGCUGCUCGGCGACUCAAAGGCUUGACAGUCGCCAAUAUUUGUCAGCAAAAAAAAAAGACUGCGUGGGACGGCAAUGGAGCUGCCCGCAAUCUGCGCUGAAUAAACGCCGACGCAAGCCCACACACCGCCGCCACUUCACCCAUUAAAGCGGCUCGUCUGACAGAUAAGGAGGAGACGACGGUGGGAGAAGAGUCAAGCAAGUGAUGAGGAACAAGCCAACCCCAGACCCUCCACCAGAGAAAGAGAUAGCUCUCACAGUAAGAGCAAGAAGGCCCGUCGGGAGCGUCACCAUGCCGACCAGGGGGUUGAGACCACAACCACGCCUGUAGUUGCAAGAGGGCACACCCAGACAAGCAUUGAGCCUCAGAGUCAGGUACAGAACAGGUGUUGGAACCAGAGGCGGGCCCCUCAGAGCCAGGGUCUGAGUCUGCAGCAUCUCUCAGGCAGAGACGUUCCAUCAUUCGGGACCGGGGGCCAAUGUAUGAGGACCCUUCACUGCCCGAAGGCUGGACCCGUAAACUGAAACAAAGAAAGUCUGGACGCUUUGUUGGAAAGUUUGACGUUUACCUAAUCAACUCAGAGGGGAAGGCUUUUCGUUCCAAGGCGGAACUUAUUGCCUACUUUGAGAAGAUUGGUGAUACGACUACUGACCCCAACGAUUUUGAUUUUACUGUCACUGGACUUGGAAGCCCUUCCCGUCGUGAGAAGCGUCCUUUCAAGAAACCAAAGGUGGUGAAGCCGUCAGGGCGAGGUCGUGGGUGGCCUAAAGGCAGUGGAAAGAUGCGACAGGUCACUGAGGGUGUAGCCAUGAAACGAGUUGUUGAAAAGACUCCAGGCAAACUUCUGGUUAAAAUGCCUUUUGGGAAGGCAGACUCAUCUGCUGGCAGCUCAUCAAAGGUGACCGCAGAAAGAAUGGACGUGCAUAAAGAACUAGAUGUUUACAUUCCAAAGGCUGCUGAAGUGAUCAUCCUCCCCCUGCAGAAUUUACCAAAGCCUGUGCUCAGGAAGAUGGGUCUCGCUGACGGCAAAGCCUCCAGGAUGUCUGCAGGCUCUCCAGACGUCAUAUGGAUCUGUCCUGUUGUCCCCAGGAGGAAAGACCAGGGACCGGCCUCGGGUCAAGGCAGAGGCUCUGCAGAAAACACAAAGUCAUUGCUGGAAGCAAAGAUUCAAGCCGGAUUAGCUCGUCAGCAGACGAGUUUUAGCUCCUCCAGUCGAGCAGCCUGGGAGGCUCUGACGAACAUCUCUGGAGCACAGUUUUCUAAAACCCCACUUCUGCGUCAGGACUCUGCCCCGCUGGUCAGCCAGAACGCUGUUUUCAUCCACAACGGCCUGAUCUACCUGUGCACCAGGAAGUCCUCGGGGAACCAUGGUCAACCAAAGACACGUGAGCUCCAGACAUCCUCCCGGUCAUCUGAGCUGCCUUCUGGAAAGUCGAAGCAGGUGCAGCUCAGCGACGGCAGAGCCAAGGUCAACCACGCUGCAGGUCAAAUUAAACCCAACGGAUCCACGGUGGGGUCAGAGCGUUCCUCUCCUCAGCCCUCUGACAACAAGGACGAACCGUUCGUUAAAGUUCUCCGACCAGAACCGGUCUCAGAGGAAGCAGCUCUGCAGCCGGUUCUGGUUCCCCCUCAGGAGGACCAGAGAAUCAUGACCAGCAGCUACGAGAUGCACGACUUUGGGGAGGAAGACACCCCCGGCACUGCCUGGAAUGACCCGGAUACACAGACAGACGGUCCGGGCGCUGACCGGAGCGUGGCCCAGACCUGGACCAGGAUCGAGUCAUCUGCUGGAUCCUCGAUGCUCGGGGAUUUAGAAUUCACCACGCUGGAAAACCAGGAGCGGGUUGCUCGGCUGAAAGCCAAACUAAUGCAGGACUCCGCUGCUUUCUACUCGUCGGCCAUGUUUUAACCCCCCCCCCCCCCC